UAGUGUCAUUAUACCGAAAAAAAGAAUUUGCUGUCUGUUAGUUAAAAAAGGAAAAUAAAGUGAAUUAUACAUUAAAAAUGUUUGCAGUCCGUCCCAGAGUGGGAACAUUCUAUUUGAAAAGAAUUUUAUCCCGUUCAAUGACUAAUGUAAUAAUUGUAGCCCCGGGAUGUGAAAUGAUAACCUCAAGACCAACGAAUGUUUUCUUCGGAUCCAAAUUAAAAGAAUUCCAACACUUUAGUACUGUAACUGAAAAACAAAGCAGUGAAAGCUUAAAAGGAAAGUCUGAAAAAAGAGAAUUUCAAGCCGAAACGAGAAUGUUGCUAGAUAUUGUAGCUCGAUCUUUAUAUUCAGAUAAAGAGGUAUUUAUUAGAGAGCUAAUAUCUAAUGCAAGUGAUGCUCUUGAAAAAUUCAGAUACCUGAGUGUAAGCUCAGUACCAGAGUCUGGAAACCUAAAAGAAUUGGACAGACCACUUGAGAUCAGAUUAACAACUGACAAACAAAAUCGUACAAUUACAUUCCAGGACUCUGGUAUUGGUAUGACGAAAGAAGAACUUACACAAAAUUUAGGAACCAUAGCACGAUCCGGAUCAAAGUCAUUCAUUGAAGAAAUUAAGAAACAAGGUGCUGAACAAGCCAGCUCCAUAAUUGGGCAAUUUGGUGUUGGAUUCUAUUCUGCAUUUAUGGUGGCUGACAAAAUAGAAGUAUUCACAAGAAGCAGUAAAGGCGAUUCACCAGGAUAUCAAUGGUCAUCAGAUGGAUCUGGCACAUAUGAAAUUCAAGAAGCUGAUGGAGUUGAAAUUGGCACAAAAAUAGUUGUAUAUUUAAAAACAGACUGCAGAGAAUUUGCAGAUGAUGAUACAGUAAAAAGUAUCAUUAAGAAAUACAGCAAUUUUGUUAGCAGCCCAAUUUUUUUGAACAACGACCAAGUUAAUUCCAUUAAGCCUUUAUGGCUAUUUGAACCAAAAGAAAUAACUCAAGAGCAACAUAUUGAAUUUUACAAAUUCAUCAGUAAUUCAUAUGACAAACCUCGUUUCACACUUCACUACAAAACUGAUGCGCCAUUGAGUAUAAGAUCUAUAUUGUAUGUGCCAGAAGGGAAGCCUGGUCUCUUUGAACUGUCACGUGAUUCUGAUGUAGGAGUGGCAUUGUACUCCAGGAAGAUAUUGAUUAAAAGCAAAGCAGAAAAUAUACUACCUAAAUGGUUGCGAUUUGUAAAAGGGGUUGUAGACUCUGAAGACAUUCCGCUAAAUCUCAGCAGAGAAUUGUUACAAAACAGUGCGCUUAUUACUAAACUGAGAACAGUCCUAACAAACCGGUUUCUGAAGUUUAUGGUUGAAAUGUCACAGAAAGAUCCUUUGCAGUAUGAAGCAUUUUACAAAGACUACUCCAUAUUUCUGAAAGAGGGUAUAGUUACAAGUCAAAGCCCAUUGGAAAAGGAAGAAAUUGCGAAAUUAUUACGAUUUGAGUCAUCGAAACUGAGUAAUGGUCAAAGAACUUCCCUAUCGGAUUAUAGUUCACGACAGAAAGAUGAUCAAAAGUCAAUAUUUUAUCUAGCAGCUCCUAGUCGAGAACUUGCAGAAACAUCGCCAUACUACGAAUCACUUAAAAAACGCGAUAUCGAAGUAUUGUUUUGCUAUGAAAUGUAUGAUGAGUUGGUGUUGUUAGAACUCAAAGAAUUCGGUGGUCGAGCUUUGGUUUCAGUUGAAAACGACAUGCAGAGAGAUCCACUAGAUAAAUCGGAAUCUAUUAUAGGCAGUGAGGGCCUGCAGCAAUCUCAAGUGGAUGAGUUAAUCUCUUUUCUGAAAACGAACUUAACUGGGAAAGUAUUUGAUGUGCGCACAACGCAGAAGCUAGAUUCUCAUCCUUGCGUCAUUGUCGUACCAGAAAUGGCGGCUGCGAGACAUUUCAUUAGAACACAAGCUCAAAACCUCACUGAGGAGAACAGAUUUGCACUUUUACGACCACAGCUAGAAAUAAAUGCUAAGCAUCCAAUUGUGAAAAAGUUACAUAAACUGAUGUCGACUGACAAGGAACUAGCGAACAUGGUAGCUCAGCAGUUGUUCUCCAACGCCAUGGUGACGGCUGGACUCGUCAUGGAUCCGAGAAAUUUAAUAACACAUAUAAAUGAUCUUCUAGUCAAGGUUUUAGAAAAACACUGAUUCUGCUUGUUUUCUGUUUGUAGUUAAUAAAAUGCAUUUAAAUUUA